UCCAUUCUCAUCCGUCCCACUCGCCUCCAUGGUUCUCCGCCGGCUGCCGCCGACGAUGACGCCGGCCGCCGUCCCGUCCACUCCCAACCGCAGCAAGCAUGUGCCAGUUUCCCCAACGCAGCAACCGUAGCCGGCAGGGAGCUGACCCCCGGCCGUCGCUCUCCACAUCGGUGACUGAAUCGGCGGUCAGGCAGCAGCAGUCCGCCGCCCCGUCCACCCCAACGGCAUCAGGAAGAAGUCAUAGUCCAAGAUCUUGGCCAAUAGAUGAGAUAAGUGAAAUAAGUGAAUGUGGAUCACAUUCACCUUGUGCUGGGAAGGGAAAGCUCCGUCAGAUAUCACUUGAAGUGCAAAGAGGAGAUUCACUAACUGUCAGAUACGGACGGACUACAGUUCAGAGAAAAUAUGGGAAUGGAGACCGAAUAAUCAAGGUUCAUUCUCAGAUGAGACGAAUGGCUUUGGGGGCAUCUGCACAUUCUGCAACCUCCAUGUUGUCAUCUGUGGCCAGUUUCUUGGGUUCCACUGGUAUGGUAGUCUCUUUCUCUUCUUGGGUUGUUUCAACUCAAAUCCAUGACCAAUAGGCACUACUUCACCAAACCACUGCUUAGAUUUUCGAUUCCACCCACAGUUUCAUAUUUUGCUUGUUAUAAGUUGAAAUAAGCGAAGCUUGAACUGAUGUGGAUGUAUGAUGCAUCGAUGGAAUUUUAUCGAAUUACGGACGAGCUCAUGGAUGGAUCACAUCACAUCCACUUUGUGCCGAAAAGGCGCGAAGGAAAGCUCCGCCAGGCACAUCACCUCCACUGCAGCGGGAGAAAUAUGGGAAUGGAGAUUAACAGGCGUAACAGCCAACUAAGCUACAGAAUGCAAGUUAUGCAAAUAUCACAAAAUUCAUAAGGGUGUCAAAUUUCGUCUGGACAUCAGGGGGCCUUCUGUCUCUGAGAAGUUAAGAAGGAACAUCAAUAUAUGCCUCAACAAUUCAAUCAG